AUGGCUCACCAAGCACCUGACAUCCACUGGGAGGAGCUGACCUCGUGUUUGAAAAUCCACUCGCCCAAAGCACCCACCAAGGAGAAUCCCACCAACCUCUACUUUCGAUUCGAUGACAACCAGGACAAGAAUAUUAGCCAUUUUGUCACAUCGCUCGUGAAUAAUAUCAAAGAACAUACAGCAAGUGAACGCAGGAAAUACCCCGAGAAAUUCGACAUACCAGACGAAGAUGAUUUGAUUCUGGAUGAUGCCGUAACACAGAAGAUAGCUCCGCUCGUAUACAAAUGGCGAAAGGCCUACGAAAAAGACUUAGAACAGAUUCCAGGUGCAAAGAAAUCAUCCCUUCGAAAACUGUGCACUCAUGACGAUGGAUUCAAAUGUGGAUGCGCAAUUCCAUUCCAGGAAAGGAAAGCGGACGCUUUCCUGCGACAGUAUGCUCUCAAUGGUUGUUGGGAGUUUUAUGAAUGUAACUCAAAGGCAUUCUACAAUAUCGAGGUGGUGAAGACGUUGAUAUUAUAUGGGGAGAUGGAUCCGAUUCUCCGUGUUUGUGCUCAUCCUUAUGUCGACUUUAAGUCGUGGGAAUCACAAUAUCAAUGCUACUGCAUGGAUUACGAUGCCGGUUGGGAUAUCAUCUACAAAUCAGCUCUCAGUGCUUAUCUCUCACUAAACAUCCUGUACUGUUUUCCCUCAUUAUGGGAUCCUGCUUCAUCAACAAGCAGGCCGACAGAUUAUAGAUCAACCAAAUUGUACCAACGGAUGCUCAGACAAUGUACCUGGUGCUGCUGUACGUCCGAAGCAGCAAUGUAUCCGCAUAGGGAAUUCUUCGGUAUAGGCGAUGAACAAUUUGGAUUCUGGCCUCGUAUAAAGCCAGACUUCGCUCUGAAAUACAUGGCUUAUGUCGAUAAGCGAACGGGCUACGAGGACAAGCAUGUUCCGUAUGGAGCGGCGCCGAUCCAAGAUUUCCUUGAUUCUGAAAAACAUGAUACUGGAUAUCUGCCAGAUGUGUCUGCAGUUGCACUUGUUAGGAUUCUGUUGUAUCGCAAAGGGUUACCUGUAGAAUUGGUUGAUGAUGUGAUGGAAAAGGCUGAUUAUACGCCGAAACGCAAGCUUGUUUACUCGGAUGAUCCCUUUCACCAGGGGAAUUUGGAGGAGUUGCAGAAGUAUUUGAAGUAUUGUUGGCAGCUCAUCAUUAAUUGUAAUCUGAUGGCUGAUGCGCUGGGGGUGAAGAUUGGUUGGGAAGAUCAGAUUUAUAGAUUUUUUCUUUGGUAUAUAUCAUCAUCUGAGGGAAGGAAAAUUAAAAGACCCGACAAUGAUGGCUGA